AUGGCGGAAGAGAAGGAGAGUAAAGGAGAGAAAAAGUACAAGUAUAGCAUAAUCAUUCCUACAUACAACGAGCGCCUCAAUAUCGCUCUUAUAGUCUACCUCGUUUUCAAGCAUCUCCGGGAUAUUGAUUUUGAGAUAAUUGUUGUGGACGAUGGGAGUCCUGACGGCACACAAGAAAUCGUCAAGCAACUGCAGCAGUUGUAUGGUGAAGACCGCAUUCUUUUAAGAGCUAGAGCCAAGAAGCUUGGUUUGGGAACUGCAUAUAUCCAUGGUUUGAAGCAUGCUUCGGGUGAUUUCGUCGUAAUCAUGGAUGCUGAUCUUUCACAUCAUCCAAAGUACUUGCCAAGUUUCAUCAAGAAACAACUAGAGACAAAUGCAAGUAUAGUAACGGGUACACGAUAUGUAAAAGGUGGUGGUGUACACGGGUGGAACCUUAUGCGGAAGCUCACAAGCAGGGGAGCAAAUGUGCUUGCUCAAACACUUUUAUGGCCUGGUGUAUCUGAUUUAACCGGAUCAUUCCGCCUAUACAAGAAAUCGGUGCUUGAAGACGUGAUUAGCUCAUGUGUGAGUAAAGGGUACGUCUUCCAGAUGGAGAUGAUCGUUCGUGCUACCAGAAAAGGAUACCAUAUUGAAGAGGUACCAAUCACUUUUGUGGAUAGAGUCUUUGGAACUUCGAAGCUGGGAGGAUCUGAAAUAGUGGAAUAUCUAAAAGGGCUCGUCUAUCUUCUGCUCACGACUUAA